AUGGCACGACACGGAUCUUUUCGAUCAGACACCGGUUCAUACCAGGACGAAGCUUUUCGGUCCGUGGAGCGCUUGGAGCCCAAAACUUACACUGUCCCGGAGACCAGAGACCUCUUGCCGCCCAAGCAACAGGACACACCAGACAAACAGCAACAGUCAUCAUCUUCCGGUUCUGAUAACCCCAGCUCCUCAAAACGCGGCUUGAGAUUCCGCAAAAAGACGCCGAAAAUCUCAACCGGGCUGGCGAGCGCUUUCCCGCGCCCUCCCAAUGCCCUUAAGAGGACUUCGAGUGUGGAACUUAUCGCUGCUCAGUAUCACGCCAUGUCCGAGUCACGGCACAGCUCUAGGUACUCGGACGAGUUUCAGCAGUUCAAGCUGUCGCUCACAGAGAGCGACACCAAGGAACAGAUCAUGACCCAACGGCCUCAACGCAGCGUGUACCACGCCCAAGACUACGACGUCGAUGAUUCAGCUCAUGUGUACGUCGAGACGCCUUCCACUGCCGGACUGCCCGGACCGUCGCCUAUCUCAGACGACGGCACGCUAGUAUCAUUCCAGGAUGAUACCGUAUAUUUCAAGCCGUUUUCGUCUGCGCCCAAGUCUGACCCGGUGUCACCACCCACCGCUGCCGAGGCCAAUCUUGAGUUAAUGGGGGUCGAUGAUAAAACGGAAGACAAUCUCGGCCUUCAAAUCUGCCUCGACCUCCUCACGCGGGAGCUCUCAUCGGCAACUUCAUAUCCCUCCUUUACCUCUUCACCGCAUUCGCCCGAUAGUGGCACAUCAACCCUGCAGGUGUGGACCAUGAUCGAGGCCUACGAGCGGCUGCGUGACAAGAUGGCCGGGAUGAACGGCACAAAUGGACGAGCGCGGUCGAUGGAGAAGAUGUUUGACUCGUGGCUGGGGGCGUUGUACUCGGUACAUGGGUCACUGAAAAAGAACGGUGGGGAAUUCGUUGGGGCGAGGGAUGGGAGGAGGUCUGGAGACAACGGCAUUAAGCAGAGACUAGAGAGGAGUGAGAAGCAUAGGGGUAUGAGGGGGGGGCAGAAGUGA